AUGUUCCCAUGUUUGGUGUCACUACUGGAGUACCUCUUUCUUCCAGCCAGACAGGAUCCACCUGCCUCCAACAGAGCUGCCCCAGGAGCACAGCAGCACGUGAUGGCCAUCAUGAGACGGGGCCCUGAAGAUGCCUCCUCAGAGCCCCAGCUGGACCUGGGAAAGAAGAUGAGCACAACACAGGACCUGAUGAUCGAGGAGCUCUCCCUGCCGAACAACCCUGGCUCCCGGCUCUUCCAGCAACGCCAGAAGCGGGUGCAGCGCUUUGUCUUUGAGUAUCCCAGUAGCUCCAGGCAGCUCCCAGGGCAAAGGGCAGGUGGCUCACACCACACUGGGAAAGGUGAUCUAGAAGGAACAGUGAAUGAACAGAUGGCAGGGGAGAAUGCUGGGGGCCAGGAGAAUUAUCAUUCCGAGCUCCAUGUAGCAGCAUCACCCCAAGGUGGCCCCCCAGAAGUACCCAAGAAGUCAGAGAAGGUCUUGCACAUGAGCAAAGUCCUGAACCCCAGUGCCCUAGCCCCAGGGUACUCGAGCCCCCUCAAAGAAAUCCCCCACGAGAAGUUCAAUGUCACUGCCAUCCCCAAGGGCUACCAGUCCCCAUGGCAGGAGCUCUUUGGUGACAAGAAUGAUGCUGUGCAUGGCAAGAACCCCCCACCCAUGAGACCCCCUGCGUGGGACUUCAGGAGCUUCAACAGGACACCGGCCCCAUUUGACAGGGCGUUGGUUGGUGAGCUGUUCUCUUUGCCCACCGUAGAGCUGGAUAACCUGAGUGUGUUGGAGGUGAUUUCCCACAGGCCCAACUUCAACAGGGUGGCCCAGGGCUGGGUGCGGAUCCUGCCGGAGAGCGAAGAGCUGUAGGACGUGUGCUCCCUUCCCCUUGGCCACGGAUGGUUCCCUCACUGGACUCUGACACUCACAGGG